CCUUGUGAUAGUGACGAGAUAGACGAUAAUCAAGUGAAACGAAUAGUUAAACAAUGACUUAUUAAGGAACAGUUUGCUUCCAGGGAAUGUGACAGAGAAACAACAGUUCGAUUGAUUAUAAUUUCAUACUCGACGAUCAAAGUGUCGAAAAAUUUUCUUCCCAUAUUUUGCGACUCAUUACUUCGUGGAAACGACACAUCAUUCAAAAGAAGCGCUUGGUUUGUUUUAAACGCUUUCAGCUGUUGAUUGUUUUGUCAAUUUCAAAGCUUUUACCCAAACAAUCAGACUAAUUGAAUUAGUUAAUUUCCAAUGAAUUAUUAUCAUGUUAUUGAACGAUUUACCGGAUGAUUGCCUUUGGUUGAUCUUCGACAACUUCUCGGGUUUAGAAGAUUUGAUUAGAUUGUCUCAAGUUUGUUCGAAAUGGUCCAACUUAGUUUCAAUAAGAUUCAAAAGAGUCAAAUAUCUCGUCACCAGUGAGCCUAUUGAUCACAUCAACAAUUCCAAAAUAUGGACGAGGGAUCCAAUAGAUACUCUAAAACAUCACAAUUUACGAGAAUUGUUACCAAAUCUCAGGAUUGUCACUGUAGUUGAUUUUCUCCCCAGGCCUCAAUUGAAACCAAGACAUUAUAAAAAAGUGAUCAACAAUAAUCCGAAGAUUAAAGGUUUGAUUGGAUUGAGAAACAAGUGUGCAGUCGAUUUGAAAAAUAUCGAAAUGAUCGCAAUGGAUCAUAUGGCGGAUUACAGAAAAGUCUUUCAACCUGAUCAGUUGAAACAAAUUUACUUUGGGCUUCUUCAUGUAAAUAAACUUCCUGAAUACGUUGAAUACUUUCCGAAUUUAAAGCGAUUCCAUGUUUUUCUCUAUGGAUCUGAUUGGGUUGAGGAUUGUCAUGUGGAAGAAUUGGUUCAACUGUUGCCACAGAUAAAACUAUUGGACUUUAGAGAAUCUGAUGGAGUUACUGUUAAAUCAGCUGAUUUUCUGUCAAAAUUCUGUCUCAAAUCUAAUCGAUCAAUCAAAAUCUAUUAUGAUUGUGAAAAGGAACCAACUGACUGGCCUAAAUUGGACACUCCUCGAGAAUCAAUUAUUUUAUUAAUCUCUCGUGUUCGUAUGGUUACAUCAGCAAAUUACUAUGUAUCCUCACUUGAAUACCGAAUGCACUUUUCCUUCCCGCCUGCAUAUUUCCAGAAUGUGGUUAACAAUAGUCCCAAAAUAAAGGGAUUGCUUGGGAUACGCGGUGAUCUCAAUUUGGAUCUAGAAAAUAUCGAGAUGGUCGAAAUGGAUUAUAUGUUUUAUUGUAAAGAUAUCUUUCGACCUGAUCAGAUCAUGCCGAUUAACAAUUUACCUGAUGAAUGUCUCUGGAUGAUAUUAAACUAUUUCGACGAGCUUGGACAGUUGAUUCAAUUAUCGGAAGUUUGUUUAAAAUGGUACACGUUAAUUUCUGUAAGAUUGAAAAAAGUUAAAUAUAUUGUUAACAAUGGAACUGGUAAGCGAAUUGAUCAUCGCAAAAUUUGGAUCGAAAAUCCAGUAGUUACUUUUAAACGUCACAAUUGGUGGAAAUUGUUACCAAAUCUCAGGAUCAUCACUGUCGGAGGUGUCGUCAGGGAUUCGCUCACAAGAUAUUGUACAAAAUUGAUUAAAAACAAUCGAAAAAUAAAAGGAUUGAUUGGACUAGACUAUCGGUGUAAACUAAAUUUGAAAAAUAUCGAAAUGAUUGCAAUGACCUAUCCGAUAAACGAUAUAAAAGUCUUUCAAUCCUCUAAGAUAAAACAGAUUCGCUACAAUAACUUUGAGAUCGAUCUUCUUUAUAAAUAUGUUGAAUACUUUCCAAACUUGAAGCGACUCAAUAUUUCGUUUGUUGGAGAUUAUGGUAAUUAUUUUGGUCCAGAAUUGAUCAAUCUAAAGAUUUUGGAGUCUAAUUCAAUCAGGCAGAAAGCAAAUGUUAGCGGUUUUCAUCUACUGAACUUUUGUCCAUCUUUGAAACGCUUUCAUCAAAAGUACGAAAUCACAUGGCAAUAUUGAACCGUCCGAAAAGAACUGCAAUCUAAGAGAUUUGGUUAUCGAAUUGACAGAGAUAAUAUAUGAAACUUGGCCAUUCUUGCGAAAAUUUUUGUCUAAAUUUCCAAACCUACAAAAUCUUGCGAUCAGAGGGGACUGCGAAACAAACGAUAGCCAUGUGAAAGAAUUGGUUAAGUUAUUACCAAAGGUAGAACUAUUUGACUUCAGGAAAUGUGAGAAUGUCACUCAAAGAUCAGCUGAUUUCUUGUCUGAAUAUUGUCGCGAAUCUAAUCGAUCAAUUAAAAUCUAUUAUGAUUGUGGCAAGGAACCAACUGACUGGCCUAAAUUGGAGACUCCUCGAGAAUCAAUUGUCUACGGAUUCGAUUUCAUGAAACAUUGUUUUUAUAAGAGUUUUUCUACUCUUCCAGAUAUAAUUGAUGAAUAAAAUUAUCAAAACCUCAAUAUUUCUAAUAAAAAUCCAAACUUAUAUUACCUAAUGAA